AUGAACAUGUUAGUGUCGAUGAAUAAAUUAAUAAAUGAUGAACUGUACAAUAUAACGUUGGACUGCUUGACGAGAAACUUGACAGUUCAAAUUGAAAAUUUAACAACACAUGAAGUUUGGCAAAAUGAAUAUAGCAAUGCGUUCAUAGAAGAUUUGACUGAAAAGACGGGUCGUUACAUGAAGUUCACAACAUUCUGCUCCUUAUUAAAAUGUGCAAUUGAACAGGACGACUCUUGCUCCUAUGUUGACAUUCUAACGUUUUCUGACUUGGAAAAGUUGCGAAAGGAAAAGGUGAAAGAUGUCGAAAGAGAAAUUGAAAACAUUUCCGAUUCUGCUGCAAGUCUUUUAAGCUCCAAAAUAUAUUUAAUUUUAACUUAUCUGCAAGAAGAUCAAAAAAUUCACUAUCCGCUGGCAUUGACGAGAGGCAAGGUUCAACUGAUGAAGACAGAAAUGAGCUUUCUCAAGAACCAACUGCUGGUCAGCAAGUCCGAUGCAAAUUGCCAUGUUGAUAUUAUGGAGCUGAGGAAAGAAAUAGAAAAGUUAAAACAAGAUAGGUCGGAAGCGCAGAAAUCUCAUGCCGCUUACAAGCGAGAAGUGGAAGAAUCGAGUAAAAAAAAAACCAAAGAAAUAAAAAAACUUGAAACGUUGACCAGGACUCUGGAAAAUGAUUUACGUCUUCAAUCGAAGAAACAUAACAAAGUUUUGAAACAGAAAAUUAAAGAAAAUCACAACCUCGUCAAUCAGAUUGAAAGAAUGAAAGAAAGCGAGCGACAGUUGAAGUUUGAAGUGAAGAAACUGAAUGAACAACUUUUGUCAUGUAGAAGAUCUAGACCAACGACACUAAAACAACGUGUGAACAGCAGCAGCAGGAGUGGCAGCGGGGGAAGUAGCAGGAAGAGGUUGGAUAGUCACAGUGCAACCUGCAGCACGCUGCUUCAUUCAAGAAGUUCUAGUGCUGAGUGCAGACGCAAAAUGAGUGAUGCCCACUACGAAAGACAAUUAAGAUUCAACGACAACAAAAAUUUUGGUAACAAAAAUUUUCAAAUAGACAAUAAUUUCUACAAUAGAAAGACCUUUUCGACAAAAAGCCGAACCUUAGGUAUCACGACAAAAGGGCGCAGCAAAAAAGGCGCGGACAAAAAGAGCACAGCAAUAAGGGCGCAGUGUAAUAAAGGCGCGGUCAAAAAAUACGCAUACAAUAAGGGCGCAAAACAAAAAGGGUGCAAGACGGAAAGAAGGGCGUGA